UGCAAUGGCUGUGCAGAGGGAGUUUUGCAUUAUAUUAGCUGUGAUGGUGGUUGUUUUGGUUGUUCCAUCCUAUGGUUGCUCGCAGAACGGCAGCGGGGGCUUGAGAUACUCAGUCGGAGACACAUUCUGGGCCAUACCUCCAAUUGUUGGUUACUACUCCAACUGGUCUUCUAACCAUUUCUUCAAGAUCGGCGACUCUCUCGUUUUUGACUUCGAAGCGGGGCGUUUCAAUGUGCUGCAAGUGACAAAGAAAGAGUAUGAUAGCUGCACAGCUUACAAGCCCUUGAAGGUCUUCAACAGUGGUCCAGUGAAUAUUCCAUUGCGAGAAAAGGGCGUGUUCUACUACAUGUGCAACAUCUCAAACUACUGUAGUCUUGGGCAAAAGAUUUCCAUUGCAGUUAAUGAGUGCCCCUGCGCCACACCAAGUCCAUCACCGCCUUCCCCUCCUCGUGCUUCUCCACCUCCUGUUCCGCCAUCUUCAUCGCCACAUAUACCGGCUCUGCCGCCAUCUCCAGAUAACUCCCAGCCUCCUUAUGUGCAAGUUACAAGUCCAGCUCCCUCCACAGUUGAUAAUGGUUCCCCUCAGGGUCCUUCAAACUCUGCAGCAUUGACACACAAAGGGGUGCUUCUUGGCUGGCUUUCCCAAUUGGUGUUACUUCUUGUUUUUGUGUUGGUCUAGGAAAGUUGAUUUGGAUUGGGACCUUAAAUGGUGAGAAUAAUUUGACUAGCCUUAGAUGAUUUCUUAGGACAGGGCAGAAUUUAUCUUUUUCUAAUUUGGACUACUUGAGUGCCAUUUUUAUAGUUUCGCACUUAGAUUAAAAAUUAGUGGAUUUAAGAUCCUGUUUGGAGUCAUUGAA